CGGACCUUAUGUUUAUGCGGACCUAUUGUUCGUACCGUGAACAUUUUGUUUUGGUUGGCAAGCAUGACUUCUGUCAACGUUCCAUCCAAGAAGAAAUCUAAGAAAAAAGCUAAUUUAAACACUAAUACGGCCACUGCCACUGAGAAAAUUUCACCUAAAAUUCUAAAUACAGAUGAAAAUAUUCAAGAGUUGCUAAAAUCAAAAUCUUCUAGUUUUGAAAAUGAGAAUGUCAGACUCAAUUUUCUUGGUCAUAUUGUGAAUAUUUUAACUUCAAAGAAUCAAGAGAAAUGCUCAUCAGAUGGUAACAUCUUCUGUUGUUUGGAGCUGAUUAUGACGGAAUUCCUCAAAGCUUCAAAAUCUGAAAAUUCAAAUGAAAAUAAGGCAGAAAAAAGGUUACUAAAUAAAUCCCUGUUAACAUUUUUACAGAAGAAAUUAACCUUUGGGUUGUAUAAAAGAGUCUUGGUAUCUGUCACAGAUGUUAUCUCCUGUCUUGAAGCACCCUUGCAACUUUCAGAUUUUUUAUUUAAUUCGUUUAAGAUGGGAGGUUCCGUUAGUUUGCUGUCAUUAAAUGGAAUUUUCAUAUUGAUGGAUAAACACAACUUAAAUUAUCCUGAUUUUUAUAAAAAACUCUACUCCUUAUUGGAUCCUGCAAUCUUUCAUUCAAAUACAGAGCAAACUUUUUCAGCAACUUGAACCUCUUUCUGUCUUCAAAAUAUUUACCUGCAUAUAUGUUGGCAGCUUUUAUAAAAAGACUUGCCCGAAUAUCUUUAUAUGCCCCAACACAUGCGCUCGUCCCCACAAUACCAACUAUUUACAAUCUUAUUAACAGACAAAAUGCUUGUAAAGUUUUGAUCAACAGAACUGAAGGACAAACAGAAUUUACCAGUGACCCCUAUCUUCCUGAUGAGGUUGAACCUGACAAAUGCUGUGCCUUAGAGAGCAGUUUAUGGGAACUGCGGGCUUUACAGACUCAUUACUGCCCUAAAGUAGCUGUCGACAGUCGAAAGGUAAAUCAACUGAAAAAAUCCCAAAAAGAUUUGUCAGGUAUAUUAGAGACCACCACAGAUGAUGUAUUUGCAAAUGAAAUUGAGAGAGGUGAAAAGUUGAAAGAAAUACCUGUAAACCAGUCCUGUCCUUCUGGAAUUUUGACGAAACAAGAUAUGAAAUAUUCAUUUUGGCGUGUAGAAUAAUUUGUAUAAGGAUCUUGGGUUUUGAAUAAAAAAAUAAAAAAAGUUUAAA